UGGAAUCGUGACGCAUCGUGCAUCAUCUCCGCCCCACCUUAGGUUGCACCUGCAGUCAUCUUGGCGAUAAAAGACAGACCUAGGCUACUCCUUUUCUAUUGCAGAGCACACGAUCCAUUUUACUCGACCUGGAACGUUCCGUUUACAGCAUUUAUAUGGAGAUGUAUUUCACUGAUAUGGAUUACAACAUGUCCCGAGCUUCUAAUUUUGGUGUUGCAGUCAUUUUCUUUGUUUUAAUACUCUCAGCAACAAGCACAGUGAAUGCAACAGAUGUCUCACAAACAACCAUGCAUGUCAGCAGUUCCACAAAUGACACUCUGAUAACAGGAGUUCAUACUGCAGAUGUUGGCCCCACUCUUUCAUUGACUACUGGGGACAGUACUGCAACCUCAUCCUCUGUCACCACCUACUUAAUUAGCAUCAAAAUAACAAACCGGAUUUUCAACGACACUCUCAGAGAUCCAGACUCAACAGAUUAUAAAAAUCUCCGGGAGGAAGUUGAAUCAUUGUUCCGGAGUGCCUUGAAUGGCACCAGUGUCCAAUACCAAAGAGUAACACGCAUGAUUUUCAGCAAUGGGUCUGUCAUCGCAAAUUCAACAACACAGUUUGAAGCAUCCAAAAUAAAUUCAAAUAUAGUUAGAAAAGGACUUAAUAAUGCAAAGUCCUCCCUGCUUCUACAAGAAUCUUUUACUGAAGUUGCGUCACCUCCAGCCACUCCAGCUCCAACUCCAGCUGACUCCAGGAGCUCCAGCCCAACUGCAGCUCAACUGUUGACCACAUCUCCAGAUUUCAAAGCCACGACAGCAGCACUCAGCAGUACAGCCAUGACCACAACAUCUGCAACUGGCUCAUCUACUGAUGUCUCAUCUACUAAUGAUGCUGAUAACAUCACAUCCAGCACCAAAGGCCCUCAACAUUCUCCCUCAACGCAUCAAACUAAUCAGGGAAACUCUACCGGCUCUUUAGUGAGUUUCAGUACAAGUGUGCUUGUACAAACAACUCAACCUUUGAUGACCAAAAUAACAGCAAGCCCAACAACAAGCACAGUGAAUGCAACAGAUGUCUCACGAACAACCAUGCAUGUCAGCAGUUCCACAAAUGACACUCUGACAACAGGAGUUCAUGCAGAUGUUGGCCCCACUCUUUCAUUGACUAGUGGGGACAGUACUGCAACCUCAUCCCCUGUCACCACCUACUUAAUUAGCAUCAAAAUAAUAAACCGGAUUUUCAAUGACGCUCUGAGAGAUCCAGACUCAGCAGAUUAUAAAAAUCUCCGGGAGGAAGUUGAAUCAUUGUUCCAGAGUGCCUUCAAUGGCACCAGUGUCCAAUACCAAAGAGUAACACGCAUGAUUUUCAGCAAUGGGUCUGUCAUUGCAAAUUCAACAACACAGUUUGAAGCAUCCGAAAUAAAUUCAAAUAUAGUUACAUUUGAAGUUAAUAAUGCAAAGUCCCCCCUGCUUCUACAAGAAUCUUUUACUGAAGUUACUGAGGCCAUCUCAUCAAAAAAUGGCACUAAUAAUGAAACAACCGAGUCAGCAACCACUACAGGACCAAUGACUACGAGAGUGUCACCUAGCCAGACCAUCAACACAACAGCCACCACCGAGACUGCGUCAAUGCAGCACAGUGCUGGAGGAAACACCUCAGGAAGAGACACCUCAGUCCCUGGCUGGGGCAUUGCCCUUCUGGUCUUGGCAGCAUUGAUCCUUCUCAUCCUUCUCAUCUUCCUUGUUUUCCUGGUGUAUUUUUGUUGUUGCCGGAGUGGAGGGAGAGGUUUCAUGAAUGUGUCUGAUCCUACCCCCUACAUGCCCUUUAACCCAGACAUCCCCAUGUACUCAACCCACACCACCAUUGAUCUACCACCCAAUGGUAAACCCUAUGUGGACGAUAAUCUCAAGAACAGAAGUGGAAUGUAUGUGGUGAAUCCUAGCGUGAAGUGAUAGUCAGGAUGGCUGUCUUAUGGAAGGUGUGAGAGGACAAUAACUGGUUCAACCACCAAAUAGUGUGCCACUAAAGAAUAAUCAAAAUGUACUGUCUGAUUACAACAAUCACUGAAUUGUGAAAUAAGUACCACAAAUGUUUUAUACUCAACCAAUUAUUUUUUAAACAUAUAUAGAUUUUUUUUCUCUUUAUCAAAUGUUCAUCUUAUUGUUGUACUGUCUGUAAGUUA